AUGCAAACGACAGUGGAGCCAGUCAGGAACGAAUCAAAUAAGGAAGUGGGUAAUACACUAUUCACGAGGUUGCUGAAAACUCUUCGACAACCCACGAUAAGUUUCGUUCUUUUGGGGGCUCAUCAGGUAGGUACGUUCUAUUUGAACCCAAACUGCAUGAAGUUAGCGAAGUACACUCAUUUGCAUACCAGUUUUGUUUUCACGGGAAACCCAACUGAACCGUUGGUAGGUACGUUCUAUUUGAACCCAAACUGCAUGAAGUUAGCGAAGUACACUCAUUUGCAUACCAGUUUUGUUUUCACGGGAAACCCAACUGAACCGUUGGUUGUUCUCCUUUGUGGGCUGUCGAAGGGUUUUCAGUGA